AUGUCAGAUUCACCCGCGGAUAAUGCAAAGAUCGUUGUAGUGGAUACUACUGAAGGUCAGCAAUCACCUGAAACCUCUAAAUGGAAGGCUUGGUUAGAGGACCACGAUAAGCUGAUAUGCGCUUUGCGUAGUUUUAACUGGCGGCUGGUGUUCGGCGUUUGUAUGUGGUAUACACUCAAUUGUGUAUACGUUGUACAGCAGAAGAUCUUUUUAAAUGCCAUACCGCUGCAUGUGACAUUGAGCGGGGUGCAGAUGAUUCUGAGUUCGAUUUUCGCUUUGAUCGUGGUCGGUCUUAAAUUGAGACCUGCGCCAAUUAUCACCAACCUAAAGAAGGCGAUGCAGGUAUUUAUCCCUAUUGGCCUGUGCCAUUUGUUGGUUCACUACGGCGCGGUGAUUUCGAUGGGUCUAGGAGCGGUGUCUUUCACGCAGGUUAUCAAAUCGGCGGAGCCUGUGACCACUGCUAUCCUCUCUAUGAUAAUCUUACGCGAAUUCCAUAGUGUAUUCACGUACCUAGCUCUCGUCCCAGUUGUUGCAGGUGUGUCAUUGGCAUCUGUGAAGGAGUUGGACUUCAGCAUCGGAGCAUUUUUGUUCGCAUUGCUAUCUAACGUCGGGAGUUCACUGCGGUCCAUUUUUGCAAAGGUGACUAUGGAUAACAAAAUUGACAUCGGAGAGAACUUGACGCCCAGUAACAUAUACAUGAUACUUACGGUGAUAUCCGGUGUGCUGUCUAUUCCUAUCGUUUUGGGAGCGGAGGCAUACAAGUGGAAGUCCGUGUGGUUGACCCACACAGCCGAAAUGAGCGCCGGUAAGCAGGCCGAGUUAUUGUUUCACGCAUUUUCGUCCGCCGUAUGUUACUACCUCUACAACGAUUUUGCUUUCUAUUGCCUGGGUCAGAUGAAUCAAGUGACGCACUCUGUGACUAACACUUUAAAGCGCGUGCUGGUCAUCGUUGCGUCCAUCAUCAUCUUUAGGAACACAGUUACCCCGCUCGGUUAUGUAGGUAUGGCCAUGGCUGUUUUGGGUGCGUUCUGGUACUCUUUGGUCAAGCAGGGCGUUUUCUCACGCAAACCUAAAGAGGCUGAGCAGGUGAACGAUCGUGAAGAAGAUCAAACUGCAAGCGAGCAGAAGGUGUGA